AUGGCCACUGAUCCAGACGGAGACUCCCAGAUGGCCUCUUCUCCCGAAUCCUCCCACAUGCACUCCGAAGACUCCCCAGUCGGAUCUCGUACCCCUACCAACAUUCGUAGCGCCACCUCCCAGUUCCCAGGCACCUCGGAGCUCUCUCCGCCCGGAUCGCAGACACAAUCUGUAUCAGCUGAUGUUGGGGGGCUCGCCGGACUGGGCAAUACCAAUGCAUCUGGAGGCUCCGCGGAGACGACAUCCGCUCAACAGCAGCAGCAACCGGGGGCAUCGUGGAAUAACAAACGGGCGGAGGAGGAGUAUCACCGAGCGAUGGAAUUCGUGAUUGAUCAGGACUUUAACCUUGGUGGGUUCUACCUUGCCUUUCUAUUUGACGAGUUCGGGGACCCAUUUGAUGACAGGGAUAUGGAGGAGAAAUUAUUCUAG